GACCUUUUUAUUCUGUUACCUAACUAUAUUUAAUAGUAAUAGAUAGAAAAGAAAUGUUUGACAAGAAAAAUUUGGAGACUCGAUCAGUUCUGGAUGAACUGAGGAAUUUUGAGAAGAAUGUUUUCUUCGAUCUCGGCCACCCUCUCCUCAACCGCAUUGCUGACUGCUUCGUCCGAGCUGCCGGGAUUGGAGCAGUUCAAGCGUUAUCAAAAGAAGCAUAUUUCACUGCUGUAGAAGGUUGCAAUGGCGACACUGUUGCUUCUCCGAAGAAGGCGCGACAAGUAGCAGCCCUUAGAGGGGAAACUAAUCAAAAAUCAGUUGAGGCAUUGAUGAAGAGGACUGGGAAGGAAACGCUACAAUGGGGUAUGGUAGCCGGAGUUUACUCAGGGCUUACCUAUGGGUUGAAAGAGGCUAGGGGCAGCCACGAUUGGAAAAACAGCGCGUUGGCCGGGGCCCUCACUGGAGGGGCCCUGGCGCUAACGCUUGACCAUAGCUCCCACGAAAAGGUAGUGCAGUGUGUUAUAACAGGAGCUGCUCUGUCCACCGCUGCUAAUCUUCUUGCAGGGGUAUUAUAGUCUUUUCAACUCUUCGCGCAAUAGUAUAAUUUUUUUUUGUCAUUUUUUUCACUUCAAGAAGGUUGAAGUGAAAUUACUACGUAGGCACAAAUUUCUCCUAAUGUACUUACAAUUUACCUUUGUAGUUGUGAACU